AAAUUUAUAUAUAUAAAAAAAUUCUUUGUUACUUUAUUCAUGUUAUUAGUUCAUAAAUUUGCCUAAAUUUGAAGUUAUGACAGAAUCUGGACUGUGACAAAAUGGAGGAAGACUUCAACCCACCAACAGUUUGUCCAGACGGCAGAUGCCGGGAUCUGACCGAUGAUUUCAUCUACAUCGUUAUCGUUCCCCUUCUCAUCGUUCUCAUCGUGGCUGCUGUCCUCGCUGUGGUGUUGUUUCGUCGGAAGACUAAAAGAGUUGAAUCUCCGGAAGAAAAUGGUGUUCAGCUGGCCAGGUACAAUUCAAUUCGCCGAGCUUCACAAAACAUCAGAGAACUGUCCAAUCACAGGGAUUCUAUGCUGUCAACAAGUAGAAGUGGGUCAAUGUCAUUCAUAGAUGCAGAGAGGCCCCAAAGAGGGGGUCGGCCAUCUAGAAAUUCUACCUACUCUGCACCCUCCACACUUCAGAGAGAAAGAAGACAUACAACAUCAGAUGAAAGAACCUCCCCACCCACCUAUACAGAACUAUUCUCUUCUUUUGGUCAUCCCCCAAGGGACAAUCACUCUGACAGAUCUAGUCUUCGAGUUCCAUUGGUCUAUUAUCAACACAGUGGAGAAGAAAGAGCAGUAAUCCAUAAUUAGGGCCCCGCAAGGAUUUGCGGGUGCCCUAUAGUAAUCACUCUGUCUGUCCGUCUGUCUGUCCGUCUGUCUGUCCGUCUGUCACUCUUCCGUCCACAAAUUUUCUGUUUUUUUCUAAUAACUUUUUUUAUGGUUGCCCAAUCAAGUUUAAAUUUGGUAUGGUAGUUCAAUAGGCAGAAAUACAUAUUUUGAUGCUAAAUUUAAUUCUCUAUGUCUUCUGGUUUGGAGCUGGGGUGGUGGGGUAGAUUCCUUAACUAUGCAUAAGAAUGAACUUGCAACUUUUUUUAUGGUUGCCCAAUUAAGAUCAAAUUUGGUGCAGUAGUUCAGUAGGCAAAAAUACAUAUUUUGAU